AUGCAAUUUAGGGUUACUGGAUGGGAUUCUAAGUGUACAAAAAGAUCUCUAUACUUGCUAGCUAUGUCAACUGAUACCAACUCCUCCAACAACAUCCUUGAAGUCACUUCAAAACCUACAAACGAAAAGGUAGUUGAAGACACCUUGGAACCUACGAACGAGAUAGAGCAAGGGCAUGCUGCGGAUGUGACUAAAGUCGACGCAUCACAGCAAUCACCAAAGGAUGAUAUCGAGCAAGUAGAAUCUGUUGACCCAGACCACGAGCAUGCAAUGGAUGAGACCGUGGCUGAUACUGAUCUCAAAGGACAAGUGAACGUUGCAGUCGAUGAGAAAGUCCAUGUUGUGGAAAAUGAGCAAGUCGUAAUAAAGAAUGAACAAGUGGAAGAUCUGGCUGAGAAAGUGGACGUCAUGGACGAUGAUCAUCAGCAAGGACGUCGAGUGGAUGCUGACCGGGUCAGUAGUGAUGAGCAAGUGAUAGAAGUCAUGGAUGCGGAGAAAGUAGACAUGAUGGACGACAAUGAUCAAGCAACACGUGAACAACCAAUUGUUUCGGAGAAACAGGAGAACUCUACUAAAAGUGAUGGAUCUAAUGAUGAUGAGCAGGAUCCUGCAACAAUGCUGCCCCGUGAUCAACUGCCGGCGGUGGAGGCGCUCCAAAGCCUUGUGAAAUCUGAAGUAGGCGGCUUUGCGGAGAAAGUAGACAUGAUGGACAACGAUGAUCAAGCAACACAUGAACAACCAAUUGUUUUUUAUGAGAAACAGGAGAAUUUGACUAAAACUGAUGAAUCUAAUGAUGAUGAUGAGCACGAUCUUGCAACAAUGCUUCCUCAUGAUCAACAGCGGGCGGUGGAGGAGUGCCAACCCCAUGUGAAAUCUGAGGUAGGCAGCGGUGCUGGCAGCACUCCAGUUACUCAAGGGUACUCUAGGUCGUCGCUCUCCACUUAUUCUGCAUUAUCAGGACCAUCGUCACUCUUUUCCGCAACUAUGGUGGAUUAUGCACCUCAAGAAAAUGACUUCAUCCAAUACUUACUCAACUCUGAGCCAAUUCCCAUGAGCCUUCCCAUGAACCUUAUCCUUGGGAAUAAUCAGCACUCAAAUGUUUCUCGGCCAAAGGGCAUCCAGCAGGCCAAUCGCCAACAUUUUCAGCAAAUGCCUAUCUUUAUACAAAACAUGGCCUCAUCAGAAGACAACAACAGCAACCGUGCUUAUGGAAACUUGCCUCAGGAUCUUCGAUUGGACUCGUCCAUGCUCCCAGUGCUGCCACAGUUGGAGGAUGGAAAUGAUGGAUCCCCCUUUCUGAGGCCACAAACUAAUUUGAACCCCCAUACAAAUCUUUUGGGGGCACAAGAAAUACAAUCUCAGGGCUUGACCCCUAGCCAAGCUGCUCCUGCUGUCAAUGGCAGCUUUUAUUCUCCUGGAACCAAUUUCAGUCAGAUGAACCCGUUUGAUAACAUCCCCGUAGUUCCUCAAGGGAUGCCUGCCAACUUUCUGAACCGAAACAAUGCAUACCAGCCAGUGGCUGGAGAGUUGCCGAGGGCUACCCCUAGACCUAGGAUUUCGAUGAGCAACUGGCAAGAGAAUGUGAAUAUUCCAGCACAGAAUCUCUUAGCCAAUAAUAAUUGGCUUCCUCAGGGUCAGUCCUCGCAGGGACUACAGAACUAUAGCAACAAUGCUUCUGCUUCCAGUUCUAGGGCCAUUAAAAACGCACUGUAUGAUCCUAAGUACGAAGCCAUGGGACUUCCGAUAGAUCCCCACCUACGCCUCUUUCUCGCCCAGCAGAGGCGUGAAAAUGAUCGGACGCAGUGA